AGAAAAAAACACUAGAACACAUGUAAUCUUAUCUUAGUAAAAAUCAACUGUGUUGUAUAAAAUUGUGAUAACAGCGAUUGCGCAACGGAUUUGUAAUUGGUGCAUUAAAGAUUAUUAGCCGCCUAACGGUGCUCGUCGUUUACAGUUAUCAGUUGCGGCGCGUCUGGCUCAGCGUAGAGAAUACGUGUAUUUUGUUGUGCGCUUAUCCCUUGGAAUAAUAAUACAACAAAUUUAUAUAUUGUGUGAGAACAAAAUUCUUUUAUUAAAACGGAAAGUUGUGCCAUGUUCGCCCUACGCCGCACUCUCAACAUGGCCCGCGGGCCCCAGAAAUUGAUGCUGUGCAGCGCUCUCAAAGCAAAUUUCGGCGUCUCUGCAGCGAUGGCACAAAAGAUACGCGCCGGACCCGUUGUCGAUGUGCUGGGCGAUGAGAUGACCCGCAUCAUCUGGCAGUCCAUCAAGGACAAGCUCAUCUUGCCCUUCCUGGACAUUGAGCUGCACACAUACGAUCUGGGCAUCGAGCAUCGCGACAAGACCGACGACAAGGUGACCAUAGAUUGUGCUGAGGCCAUCAAGAAGUACAAUGUGGGCAUCAAGUGUGCCACCAUUACGCCUGAUGAGAAGCGCGUCGAGGAGUUCAAGCUGAAGAAGAUGUGGAAGUCGCCGAACGGCACCAUUCGCAACAUUCUCGGCGGCACCGUCUUCCGUGAAGCAAUCAUCUGCAAGAAUGUGCCCCGUUUGGUUUCGGGCUGGCAGAAACCCAUUGUCAUCGGCCGUCACGCCCAUGCCGAUCAGUAUAAGGCUGUCGACUAUGUUGUGCCUGGACCAGGCCAGCUGACUCUCACCUGGAAGGGCACCGAUGGCCAAAUCAUCAAUGAGGUUAUCAAUGACUUCAAGGGUCCCGGCAUUGCGCUGGGCAUGUACAAUACGGAUGAGUCGAUUGUGGACUUUGCCCACGCCUCGUUCAAGUAUGCGCUGGAUCGCAAGAUGCCGCUGUACAUGAGCACCAAGAACACAAUCCUCAAGAAGUAUGACGGUCGCUUCAAGGACAUUUUCGAGGAGCUGUACAACAAGGACUACAAAAAGCAAUACGAGGCCGCCGGCAUCUGGUACGAGCACAGACUGAUCGACGACAUGGUCGCCUACUGCAUGAAAUCUGAGGGCGGCUUUGUCUGGGCCUGCAAGAACUACGAUGGCGAUGUGCAGUCCGAUUCCGUUGCUCAGGGCUACGGUUCGCUGGGUCUGAUGACCUCGGUGCUGUUGUGCCCCGAUGGCAAGACCGUGGAGGCAGAGGCUGCCCAUGGCACCGUGACGCGUCAUUUCCGUUUCUAUCAGCAGGGCAAGGAGACAUCGACCAAUCCGAUUGCUUCGAUCUUUGCCUGGACUCGCGGUUUAUUGCAUCGCGCCAAGCUGGACAACAACGAGCCGCUGAAGGAGUUCGCUGAGACGCUCGAACAGGUGUGCAUCGAUACAAUCGAGGGCGGCGCCAUGACCAAGGAUCUGGCCAUAUGCAUCAAGGGCAGCAUCAAUGCUGUUGAACGCAAGGACUACCAGGAGACCUUCGAAUUCAUGGACACCUUGGCCAAGAACCUGCAGGCCGCCAUUGCCAAGAGCUCCAAACAGCCACAGGCAUCGCAUAUUUAAGUCCAUAACACAAGAAAAAAAAACAACAUUCAUUCAUGUCCUCACUGUCAUAUUUGCCUGUACAUAGUAUAUGUGAAUGUGUCCUCAA